GUCGCUGUUGUUCUCGCGAUAUUUUCGGGUAAACGGGAGCCCGGGCGACCCGGGCUUCUGUGAAAUAUGGCGGUCGGCUGAUACCGUAACACAAGCAUGACUAUAUGAAAGAAGAAGGUUUUCCUGAAGAUGAGGCGACUGAAUCGGAAAAAAACCUUAAGUUUGGUGAAAGAGCUGGAUGCCUUUCCAAAGGUUCCUGACAGCUAUGUAGAGACUUCAGCCAGUGGGGGUACAGUUUCUCUAAUAGCAUUUACCACAAUGGCUUUAUUAACCAUAAUGGAAUUUUCAGUAUAUCAAGAUACAUGGAUGAAGUAUGAAUAUGAAGUAGAUAAGGAUUUUUCUAGCAAAUUGAGAAUCAAUAUAGAUAUUACUGUUGCUAUGAAGUGUCAGUAUGUUGGAGCAGAUGUAUUGGAUUUAGCAGAAACAAUGGUUGCAUCUGCAGAUGGUCUAGUUUAUGAACCAGCAAUAUUUGACCUUUCACCACAGCAAAAAGAGUGGCAGAGAAUGCUGCAGCUGAUUCAGAGUAGACUGCAAGAAGAACAUUCACUUCAAGACGUGAUAUUUAAAAGUGCUUUUAAGAGUGCAUCAACAGCACUUCCACCAAGGGAAGAUGAUUCCUCACAGCCUCCAGAUGCUUGCAGGAUUCAUGGUCAUCUCUAUGUCAAUAAAGUAGCAGGGAAUUUUCACAUAACUGUGGGCAAGGCCAUUCCACAUCCCCGAGGUCAUGCACAUUUGGCAGCACUUGUCAACCAUGACUCUUACAACUUUUCUCACAGAAUAGAUCAUUUGUCUUUUGGAGAGCUUGUUCCAGGACUUAUUAAUCCUUUGGAUGGAACUGAAAAAAUUGCUGUAGAUCACAACCAGAUGUUCCAAUAUUUUAUUACAGUUGUGCCAACAAAACUACAUACAUAUAAAAUUUCAGCAGACACCCAUCAGUUUUCUGUGACAGAAAGGGAACGUGUCAUUAACCAUGCUGCAGGCAGCCAUGGAGUCUCUGGGAUAUUUAUGAAAUAUGAUCUCAGUUCUCUUAUGGUAACAGUUACUGAGGAGCAUAUGCCUUUCUGGCAGUUUUUUGUAAGACUCUGUGGUAUUGUUGGAGGAAUCUUUUCAACAACAGGCAUGUUACAUGGAAUUGGGAAAUUUAUAGUUGAAAUAAUUUACUGUCGUUUCAGACUUGGAUCCUACAAACCUGUCAGUUCUGUCUCCUUUGAGGAUGGCCACACAGACAACCACUUACCUCUUUUAGAGAAUAAUACACAUUAGCACCUCCUGAGUGAAGGAGAAAAACUUUUUGCCUGAGACAUAAAAUCUUUUUUAAUAAUAAAAUAUUGUGCAAUAUAUUCAAAGAAAAGAAAAUAGGAAUGAGAAGUCGGAAUCAUACCUAGGGAAAAAAAAAAAAAGAAAACCCAAACCGAAAUCCUAUAUAUGUUGUGUCUGUUACACAUGUCCUAGAAGAAGUUAUGCAGCUAACCAGUGAAUAAGCCCAACUGGAGUAUUGCUUUGAAGAUGACCCCUUCUGAUAUUUUCAUAGCAAACGGGCAGUAUCGAAAUCAGAGCUUGCUUCUUGGUGACAAAAGAGCCUGAAGGAAAGAAGUCAAACCACAUCUAAAGAAAAAGGGAUUGAUAAAUGCAAAUGUUUGCGUCCUUCUGUUUUUAAAAGAUAUGUCAGAAUAAAAUAUGUAAAACAUAUGGAAAACUAGUCUAGACUUUAAAAAGUUGUGGUCAGGUCACACUAUUAAUAAAGGAAAACAGGAAUGGGUCCCCAUGUUAUAGCCAUAUCAGUGUUAAGCCAUAACGACAAGGCCAUUUAUCCAAUAAUUUGGUCUGAGGAAGGUAACUGCUUUUCUUUAAACUCUGGCUAUUGGCUUUUUCUGACUGUUCAAGGCAGGGUCGUGGAAGACUAAGGUGAAUUCUUGCAGGGGCAGGUACGUAGGUGCUAUAAUAUGUAACAGAUAUCAUUCACAAAUUGUAUAGUGGGCACUUAUAUAGGGA